AUGCCUGCAAAAUCCGCUUCACCAGGCAUGUCCAGAACUCGUCUGAAAUUGCCGCUUGUGGGGCGUAUGAACUCUCUUACGGGAUUUUGGGAAUCAGUGUUAGGAUUGUCACAUGUAAAGCAUUUGAAGGCGGGCAGGGCGCUUCAAGAAUCCAAAGGACGACGGAUGGAUGCGAGUGCUUUGAAAGAAGUUCCAUCCAUGGGGAAUGUUUCAAUCACCAGCGGUUUCGAGCCGGUUGCACCCAACCGGUGUGCUUGGAGUCUUGCGAUGCUUAUUGGCAGCGACUCCCCGGCCGCUAAUCAAGUUGCUCGGCGUUGGUCAGCCACGAUCAACACUCUUGAUAAGUGCUAG